CCUUGCCGGGGGCCGUAAAGCGCGGAAGGUCGCGGUCUCUCCCGCUUCCCCGGAACUUUUUACUCCCUCCGCCCCGCCCCCUUCCCAUUCCCAGGGCCCCGUUUCUGGCGGCGGGACCCCCGGCAACUGUCGUGGCUGCUGUCCCGCUGCCGCCGGGGUGCUGCUGACGGCGGAGCCCGCGGCGGCCCGUGAGUUUGAACUGGGGAGAAUCUCCUCUUUGGCCGAGUGGGAGCACAUCUCCGAGCUGCUGACUGGCAGACGUGAUGUUUUCCCGGUUGCUGUCGGUGGCCCGGAGACAAAGGACCGGCCGAGGAUGGCAGAACUGGUCGUCGGGGAGAAGCGGUGCGCCAGCUGCCGAGGCGCAUUCUGUCGCCCUGCCUGCCCAGGCACAGGUGGUCAUCUGUGGCGGUGGAAUCAUGGGCACAUCCGUGGCCUAUCACCUCUCCAAGAUGGGCUGGAAGGAUAUUGUCCUUUUGGAGCAGGGCAGGCUGGCCGCUGGCUCUACGAGGUUCUGUGCCGGCAUCCUGAGCACCGCCAGGCACUUGACCAUCGAGCAGAAGAUGGCAGACUAUUCCAACAAACUCUACCAGCAGUUAGAGCAAGAAACAGGGAUCCAAACAGGUUACAUAAGGACAGGCUCCAUCUUUCUGGCCCAAACUCAGGACCGGCUCAUCUCCCUGAAGCGUAUCAACUCCAGGCUGAAUGUCAUAGGCAUCCCUUCUGAGAUCAUCUCCCCCAAGAAAGUGGCCGAACUUCACCCUCUCCUAAACGUGCACGACCUGGUGGGGGCCAUGCAUGUUCCCGAGGAUGCGGUGGUGUCCUCUGCUGAUGUGGCUCUUGCCCUGGCAAGUGCUGCCUCCCAAAAUGGUGUGCAGAUCUAUGACCGUACAAGCGUGCUUCAUGUAAUGGUCAAAAAAGGCCAAGUAACCGGCGUGGAGACCGAUAAAGGACAGAUUGAGUGCCAGUAUUUUGUCAACUGUGCUGGUCAGUGGGCAUACGAGCUGGGUCUGUCCAACGAGGAGCCGGUUAGUAUCCCGUUACAUGCCUGCGAACACUUCUACCUUCUGACUCGCCCCUUGGAGACCCCUCUGCAGAGCAACACACCAACUGUUGUGGAUGCUGAUGGAAGAAUUUAUAUCCGGAACUGGCAGGGUGGCAUCUUGUCUGGGGGCUUUGAGAAGAACCCGAAGCCAAUAUUUACUGAGGGCAAGAACCAGCUGGAAAUUCAGAAUCUGCAGGAAGACUGGGAUCACUUUGAGCCCCUGCUGAGUUCCCUCCUGCGUCGGAUGCCAGAACUGGAGACUCUGGAGAUCAUGAAGUUGGUCAACUGCCCCGAGACCUUCACCCCAGACAUGAGGUGCAUCAUGGGCGAGUCUCCGGCAGUGCAGGGCUACUACGUCCUGGUGGGAAUGAACUCUGCUGGCCUGUCGUUUGCAGGAGGGGCUGGAAGGUACCUCGCCGAAUGGAUGGUGCAUGGUUAUCCAUCAGAAAGCAUCUGGGAAUUGGACUUGAAACGUUUUGGAGCCCUCCAGAGCAGCCGUACCUUUCUGCGCCACCGGGUCAUGGAAGUCAUGCCUCUGCUGUAUGAUCUGAAGGUUCCCCGUUGGGACUUCCAGACCGGGAGGCAGUUACGCACAUCUCCUCUCUAUGACCGGCUGGACGCACAAGGAGCCAGGUGGAUGGAAAAACAUGGAUUUGAGAGGCCGAAGUACUUCGUGCCACCAGACAAGGACCUCCUGGCAUUGGAGCAGAGCAAGACUUUCUAUAAGCCAGACUGGUUUGACAUUGUGGAGUCUGAAGUCAAGUGCUGUAAGGAAGCUGUGUGUGUCAUUGACAUGUCCUCUUUCACAAAGUUCGAAAUAACAUCCACCGGGGACCAGGCAUUGGAAAUUCUUCAGUACCUCUUCUCCAAUGACCUCGAUGUACCCGUGGGCCACAUUGUGCAUACCGGCAUGCUCAAUGAGGGUGGAGGGUAUGAAAACGACUGUAGCAUAGCGCGGCUCAGCAAGCGCAGCUUCUUCAUGAUUUCCCCAACUGACCAGCAGGUCCACUGUUGGGCCUGGCUUAAGAAACACAUGCCAGAAGACAGCAACCUGCUUCUGGAGGAUGUCACCUGGAAAUACACCGCCCUCAAUCUGAUUGGCCCUCGAGCUGUGGAUGUGCUGUCCGAGUUGUCCUAUGCCCCUAUGACUCCAGACCACUUCCCAAGUCUGUUCUGCAAGGAGAUGAGUGUGGGCUACGCAAAUGGGAUCAGGGUGAUGAGCAUGACUCACACAGGAGAGCCGGGAUUCAUGCUCUACAUCCCCAUAGAGUAUGCCCUCCACGUGUACAACGAAGUGAUGAGUGUCGGGCAGAAAUACGGAAUCCGGAAUGCUGGCUAUUAUGCUCUUCGUAGUCUUCGAAUCGAGAAGUUCUUUGCUUUCUGGGGUCAGGAUUUAAACACCCUCACCACACCCCUGGAAUGUGGACGAGAAUCUCGGGUGAAACUGGACAAGGGGAUGGAUUUCAUUGGCCGGGAUGCCCUGCUGCAGCAGAAACAGAACGGAGUGUACAAACGCCUCACUAUGUUCAUUCUGGACGAUCACGACACCGACCUGGACCUCUGGCCCUGGUGGGGAGAACCCAUUUACCGCAACGGGCAGUACGCAGGCAAGACCACCAGCAGUGCCUACAGCUACACCCUGGAGCGCCACGUUUGCCUGGGCUUCGUGCACAAUUUUUCCGAAGACACUGGGGAAGAACAGGUUGUGACAGCAGAUUUCAUCAACCGGGGAGAGUAUGAGAUUGACAUCGCGGGACACCGGUUCCAGGCCAAGGCCAAGCUCUACCCUGUCACCUCCCUCUUUACCCACAAGCGCCGAAAGGAUGAUGUGGAGCUAAGUGACUUGCAUGGAAAGUAAUGCCGGGCUCCCCUCCAGUCCCAACCCUCUGCUUCCCAUCUUUUACCUCCCGGAUAGGAUUUUAAGCUUCACCUGCUUUAAACCUUUUGCUUUGCAACCUCUCUUCUCCUUCCACCUUCCCUCCUCCCUUUUGCAGUGCAGUUAACCAUCUAAUACUCCCUCUGGGCUGUUCUUCCAGCCCCCCACUCCACCCCUCUCAGAUCCUCAUGGUGACACAAAGCAUGUGUGACAGGCAGGACAGGUAAAGAUUGCACUCGUGGAAGUGGGGAGCCAGGGGUCUGAUUUCUCUGGCUGUGUCUAGAAGCAGGGGAAGCUGGUGGUAUGCAGGCCGCAGGGCAAGAGUCCAGCUCUGUGAGGCUGACUUUUCUUGGAAUAACCUGCUCAUCUUGGCGGGCUGCUGUGGAUCCGAGGCAGCCCCUUGCGAGAGCCCGUGCUGGGGGUUGGCACCGAUCCCUCUACAAGAGGAUGACCAUCUACCUCAUUCACGAGCUGCACCACGUGCAUGUUCUUUGGUCUGUAGCAAACAGCCGGCCUGGGACAUCCCAGCCUCCCUACUGACCCAGUUACUAGACUUGCGGAUCAGGGCCACCCUCCUAACAUUUCCUUCACGUCUUGCUGAUCUCUAGAAGAGGGUCUGGGGGCCUGAGUAAACAAGCCAGUGUUUGAAAGGGAAAGACCAUGUUGCCUUUUGUAUUGAUCUUCUUGGAAAAUGUACCGCACAGAGGUGGUUUUCUGCUGUCCGAACAGUGCUGCUGCUUUCAGCUGCUCAAAGCUCACUCUUCCCAUCUUGACCUUCCUCUUCUCCAGGUGCAUCUUUGUCCCCUCUCCUUACCUGCCCCUUCGGCAGCAGGCCCACUCGGCAAACACUGCUGUCCCUUUGGAACAGGGAGGGUGUGUGGUCCUGGGGAGGAACUAAACCAUGGUGGCCGUGCAGAGUUCAAGAGCUACUGGACUCUCAAGUUUUGCUUCCUCGGGCACAGAACAGACAGUUCUGCACAGAGAUGACCCUCAGGAGUCUGGGGAGGGUCCUGUGAGAGUCUGCUCUUCAUCCAGCCAUCUCUCUGUAGCUCUGGAAGAGAAAAUGAGCGGGCCCUCCACUCUCUGACGCAGUGUCUGUCUGCUAAAGGUGAGGCUGGGCUGUCAGAAACUUGUCCACCCUUUGCACUUAAAGUCCAAUGGGGGCGGUUUAUAUGCAAAGUGCUGUCACAGAUUUGAAUGAACUGUUGUCUUGAUAUCUUGAAGCGUUAGCUCUGACGAGUCUGUCAGUCCAUUAUAGAAGGGCCUUUUGUUCUCCGUGAGCAGCUUAGAACUCUCACGUGUGUCUGCCUGCUCUGGCGUUUCUUUGGGAUCUCGGUUUACCCCCUUCAUCUGAUAGAUUCUCUAUAGAAACUUCUUGUCCUCUGCCUAGCCAGACAGUUCCUACUUGAUUACUGAUUGUAGUGUCCACUUUUUAAAAGAGGUCUUCGUUGAUUUAUUAAGGGAGUAUGUGGUUACGACUGUUAGGGCCUCACUAUGUGAUGGGCUGAGAGAUGCUGCUGCAAGGAGGGGGGAAGUUGGGGGAGAGGUGUCACCUCGUAGGACAGGGCGCAGCAGCUGUGACACAUGGGGGAGAGCAGGAGUCAGGCACCUGCUCAACACAGGUGUUAGCAGCAGGGGCCCAAGUGACCAAGAAAGCUGGAAACAGGCACUGUAGAGCUAAAGGUAUCCCCUGCCCUGUACCACUCUCGUCUUUGAAGAAUUUAAAAGAAGUUCUAGAUUCAUGUGUAAAUUACAUCUUGUCCAUAAAUAGGGGCACACUUUUAAGACUCGGGCAAGAUGUAUUUAUUGAGUGCCCUGACACACACACUCAGCUUUUGGCACUUUAAAAUUCACCCUGGAAAUCUUUCUUGGUUAACAAUGUGAAUCUGGCACUUGUCUCUCUUUGGUCCUAACCCUGAAGUGGGUGACUCGUUCCUGACUUCAGCAUACCUGACAGAACAUCCUGCAGUCUGUCGUUCCCAUCAUGGGUUUGCCUUGUGUGUCUGCUCUCUGUCCCUAGAGAUUCAAAGGAUCUGGAUGCUUUGUGAAUGCGUGGCGGGACUUGGGUUUCAGAUGGCUGGUACUUUUUUCUCUGUGAAAUGAUCCUUCGUCACUUCUUAUGGUCUCUUGAGGGAGGGGCUCUGUGUUCUUCUGUCUUGUCCACAUAUUCAACUGGACAAUCUUGUUUUAUCUGGAAACAGAAAGCGUGCCAGCCUCAGACGAACACAGAGCAAAAAGGGACAAGAUCUACCUGCUUGGAUAGCCUACCUGAUGUCCUGUGCCCAGCUGGGGGGCCCUGUACCCCCAAAUACAAGAGAUGCUGUUCAGAACAGGGGCCCAGAGACCGUUAAGCUCAGUGAGUAACCUCAGUUAUCCCGUUUCUGCAGGAGGAGAGUCCUGCUACUUGGACUCUCACCAGGAGACAUGCUGUCCCUGGAUUCUACCUUCUUAAACACACCAACAGUUUUACCUCUUUCCGUUCUAAAAGUGGAAAGUAACUCCACCUUUCUCCCUUACCCUGCCUCUGAAUGCAUUUGAAACGUUAACCCCGCCUCCCCACCAUGGAAGUGGCAGGAAUGACAGUUUUCUAAAGGCGGUUUUGCUUCACUGAAGGGAGAACCCACCACCUUGAUUUCUGGCUCUUCUUAUCCUCUGCCUGAUGAACGCACGUGCUGGCAUCUGAGUCUUCACCAUCCUCUGACAACCUAAGGGAGAUAAAAGGGAAUCUUCCAUAAGCUGUAGUCUGGGUUCUGACCCCAGAAGGCUGUGUCCUGGUACAACUGCACUGGCUUUGCUUUCAAGGGUUAGCGACCAGGUUCAGUGUUUUGUAUCUUUGCAGCUGCAUGGUCAGUAUCAUCAGCAAGGGUCCCCUUUAGCAUCUGAGGUAGGGGUUUGGUCACUAGUGCUUAGUACUGAAGAACUUUCCAUGGUUUUCAUUUCCUUUCUGCACACCACCCUUAACCCACAUCCCUCCCAAACUUGCCAGGAGCAGCUUUUCAUCAGCAUGAAAAAGGGAAAAUUUGCACGAGUCAAGAAUUGUCAGAGGGGAUGACAGGGUAGGUGACAGAGUCUGGGAGCAAGCUCUGGGUCUCCUGGCUGUGCCUCUCCCCGCGACCCCCACCCUGGCCUCCAUGUUAAGGUGCUGAGUUGUAAGGCUCCUCCAUCAUCCGUACAGGACCUGGGUUCACACUCCCUCAUCACUACAGAUGCACUAUUUUUCAAGAGAACUAUUUUUGUAUGUCUUUGCCUUCUCUUUGUCCAUUAAACACCAGAGUUUAGUCAUUGUAUAAUAUGAUUCUUGACUGAGCAGAGAAUCUGCAUCCCUUGGAGAAUUACAUUUCUUCAUGGGCUUUCUUCCUCAUAUUUAGAUGUACCUAUUUUUAUCCUUCGCCAACCUUCUGCCUUCUUGGUUUUCUGUCUCUAAAGGACAGAAAUUACAAGGGGUGGGGAAGGUAUUUUUAGUAUCUGUUUCAAAAGAUCUAUGCCAGGAUUUCCUUUGCACACCCGGAACUGGAGCUGGGAGCACCUUUCUCCAAGCCCGGUUCUCGUGCCUUACACCAGAAUGUCCCAUGGUAGGUGUAGACAGGAAGGAUGAAAAGAAACUUCGCUCAGUCUGAGGGUUUCCCCAGCCACCCCCCCAUAGCUUCCCUUCCCCAUAUCAAACAGGGAUAGAAAGUUUCCACAGCUUGUUUCAAUCAAGGGGUUUCUAGCAGCACAGUUAACACUUCACUCUCCGGUCUACUCUUAGGAUACAGGAGAAUGCCAUUGUAAUUAUUGUACAGUGCUUUAACUCCUCCUUUACAUCUGUAAAUAUGCAAUUUGCUCAGCCCCUUAGUGUGCAGUGACAGGUGCUGCUGAGGACAUGUGAGGCACUUUAGGGCAUGGGAUCUUUCUCAGGAGCCCUGGUGACUUUAGGUACCCAGGGUGACUGAGCACUUCUGCCUCUAUGAAUGCGGUAUUAACAUCAUGCCCUGUAUUUCUUUCAAGCCAGAUUCCAAUUAAGAUGUUAUCUUCCUGUUAUUAAAUUUGUAAAUGAAUAAAGAGACAUUUUAAUAACUCUGGUCAUA